AACACAAAAACACACUAUGGAUAAGACAAUGACACUGUUCUUGCUCUUAUCCACUUUCCUCCUCACGACUUCUUUAGCUAAAGAUCUCUGUCACAAAGAUGACAAAACUACCCUCCUCAAGAUCAAGAAAUCCCUAAACAACCCUUACCACCUCGCCUCAUGGGACCCCAAAACCGACUGUUGCUCUUGGUACUGUCUCGAGUGCGGCGACGCCACCGUUAACCACCGCGUCACUUCCCUAGUCAUACAAGACGGUGAGAUCUCCGGUCAGAUCCCACCUGAAGUCGGUGACUUACCGUAUCUUACAUCCCUUAUCUUCCGCAAACUCACUAACCUCACUGGUCACAUCCAACCCACUAUUGCCAAGCUCAAGAAUCUCACUUUUCUCAGACUAAGCUGGACGAAUCUCACCGGUCCGGUUCCUGAGUUUCUGAGUCAGCUCAAGAAUCUUGAUUACAUUGACCUUUCCUUCAAUGAUCUCUCUGGUUCCAUACCAAGUUCUCUCUCUUCAUUACCUAAACUCGAGUAUCUUGAACUUAGUAGGAACAAGCUUACAGGUCCGAUACCAGAGUCAUUUGGGAGGUUUUCAGGAAAAGUCCCUAGUCUUUUCCUAUCACACAACCAGCUCUCUGGUACUAUACCAAAAUCACUAGGCAAUCCCGACUUUUACCGGAUCGAUUUAUCCCGAAACAAGCUUCAAGGCGAUGCUUCGAUCUUGUUUGGAGCUAAAAAAACGACAUGGAUCGUUGAUAUAUCAAGAAACAAGUUCCAGUUCGAUCUCUCCAAAGUUAAGCUCGCUAAGACACUUAAUAGAUUGGACAUGAAUCACAAUGGAAUCACAGGGAAUAUUCCGGCUGAGUGGGGCAAAACUUAUUUUCAAAACCAGAUAAGAACAGAACACUCUGAGACUUGGAAGCGAUGUAAGCGAAGAGAGAUCAUCGAGUUUCUUCUGAGUAAAAGUGAAGGUGAGAUUGGUUCCGAUGAAAACCUGGAAGCAGAAGUGAAGACGAAUUCGAAUUUCCCAUUUUCGCCGGGUUCUCUCCUCUGUUCUCCGGCAGGUUUCGUCGUCUCUGUUCACAUGGUUGAUGCUUUUACUCUCAAAUCCUCCAUAGGCUUCAAGUGAAAAGCGUUGAUGGCGAUAAAAGCCUCAUUCAGCAACGUGGCGAAUAUGCUUCUUGAUUGGGACGAUGUUCACAACAAUGACUUUUGUUCUUGGAGAGGUGUUUUCUGUGAUAACGUUAGCCUCACCGUUGUCUCUCUUAAUCUGUCAAAUCUGAUUUGUUUGAGAAGAAACUUGGUGUUAAAUCCUUAUGAAGCUCUUGUCUUUCUAAAUUACAGAGACUUGCAAGGAAACAAAUUGGGUGGUCAAAUUCCAGAUGAGAUUGGAAACUGUGCUUCUCUUGCUUAUGUGGAUUUCUCCACUAAUUCUUUGUUUGGAGACAUACCGUUUUCAAUCUCUAAACUCAAACAGCUGGAGUUUCUGAACCUAAAGAAUAAUCAGCUCACAGGUCCAAUACCAGCAACCUUAACUCAGAUUCCUAACCUUAAGACCCUUGACCUUGCAAGAAACCAGCUAACUGGUGAUAUACCAAGGUUACUCUACUGGAAUGAAGUUUUACAGUAUCUCGGUUUACGUGGGAAUAUGUUAACUGGGACAUUGUCUCCUGAUAUGUGUCAGCUUACGGGUCUGUGGUACUUUGAUGUGAGAGGCAACAACCUAACUGGAACUAUCCCUGAUAACAUUGGCAACUGCACAAGCUUUGAAAUCCUGUAUGGAUGUAUCUUUAAUCAGAUUACUGGAGUAAUACCCUACAAUAUCGGUUUCCUCCAAGUAGCUACUCUGUCACUUCAAGGAAACAGGUUAACUGGUAGAAUUCCGGAAGUGGUUGGUCUGAUGCAGGCUCUUGCUGUUUUGGAUUUGAGUGACAAUGAAUUAACUGGGCCUAUCCCACCAAUACUUGGGAAUCUCUCAUUCACUGGAAAACUGUAUCUCCAUGGUAACAAGCUCACCGGACAAAUCCCACCUGAGCUUGGCAAUAUGUCACGACUCAGCUAUUUGCAACUAAAUGAUAAUGAACUAGUGGGAAACAUCCCACCUGAGCUUGGGAAGCUGGAACAAUUGUUCGAACUAAAUCUCGCAAACAACCAUCUUGUAGGGCCGAUUCCAUCUAACAUUAGUUCAUGUGCUGCCUUGAAUCAAUUCAAUGUGCAUGGGAACUUCCUGAGUGGAUCUAUACCACUUGAAUUCCGGAAUCUUGGAAGCUUGACUUAUCUGAAUCUUUCUUCAAACAGUUUUAAGGGCAAAAUACCUGCUGAGCUUGGCCAUAUUAUCAAUCUUGAUACAUUGGAUCUAUCUGGCAACAAUUUCUCAGGGUCAAUACCAAUGACACUUGGUGAUCUUGAGCAUCUUCUUAUCUUAAACUUGAGCAGAAAUCAUCUCAAUGGGACAUUGCCUGCAGAGUUUGGGAACCUCCGAAGCAUUCAGAUCAUCGAUGUAUCAUUCAAUUUUCUUGCCGGUGUUAUUCCAACAGAACUUGGCCAGUUGCAGAACAUAAACUCUCUGAUACUGAACAACAACAAGAUUCAUGGGAAAAUCCCUGAUCAGCUAACUAAUUGCUUCAGUCUUGCCAAUCUGAACAUCUCCUUCAAUAAUCUAUCUGGAAUUAUUCCACCUAUGAAGAACUUUUCACGUUUUGCCCCGGCCAGCUUCUUUGGAAAUCCAUUUCUCUGCGGGAACUGGGUUGGAUCAAUCUGCGGCCCAUCUUUGCCCAAGUCUCGAGUAUUCACCAGAGUUGCCGUGAUUUGUAUGGUUCUCGGUUUCAUCACUCUCAUAUGCAUGAUAUUCAUUGCGGUUUACAAGUCAAAGCAGCAGAAACCAGUCUUGAAAGGCUCUUCAAAACAACCUGAAGGGUCUACGAAGCUGGUGAUUCUUCACAUGGACAUGGCUAUUCACACGUUUGAUGAUAUCAUGAGAGUUACAGAAAACCUCAGUGAGAAAUACAUCAUUGGAUGUGGUGCUUCUAGCACAGUUUACAAGUGCACCUCCAAAAGUUCCCGACCUAUUGCCAUUAAGCGAAUCUACAAUCAGUAUCCCAACAACUUCCGUGAGUUUGAGACAGAGCUCGAGACCAUUGGGAGCAUCAGACACAGAAACAUAGUAAGCUUGCACGGAUACGCCUUGUCUCCCUUUGGCAACCUCCUCUUCUACGACUACAUGGAAAAUGGCUCUCUUUGGGAUCUUCUCCAUGGGCCUGGGAAGAAAGUGAAGCUUGACUGGGAAACAAGGCUGAAGAUAGCAGUUGGAGCUGCGCAAGGACUUGCAUAUCUUCAUCAUGACUAUACUCCUAGGAUAAUCCAUCGGGACAUCAACUUCGGUAUUGUCCUUCUUGAACUUCUGACUGGGAAGAAGGCUGUGGAUAACGAGGCCAACUUGCAUCAAAUGAUACUGUCGAAAGCAGAUGAUAACACAGUGAUGGAAGCUGUUGAUGCAGAGGUUUCAGUGACGUGCAUGGACUCAGGGCACAUCAAGAAGACAUUUCAGCUAGCCCUCUUGUGCACCAAGCGAAACCCUUUGGAGAGGCCCACAAUGCAGGAGGUCUCUAGGGUUCUGCUCUCUCUUCUCCCAUCUCCUCCUCCAAAAAAGUUACGUUCUCCUGCGAAACUGCAGGAAGGGGAAGAACGACGUGAGAGCCACUCUUCAGAUACAACCCCACAGUGGUUUGUUCAGUUCCGUGAAGAUAUCUCCAAAAGUAGCUUAUAAGAUACUAACUUUUAGGGUUCCCUCUAUGGCUCUAUCUACUCCUUUUCUGUUUUGUUUUCUUGUAUUGCAAGAAAGAUCGGAGGGGCAGGUUUUUAUGUGAUUUAGGGCUAGUCUGAGAGGUAUUUUGGGAAGGGGAUAAAAUUGAAGGCAUUAA